AGUAAUUCACAUACAAAUAGUGCAAAGACUGAAAAGUCGCGUCUAUUAGACAACAUUGAAAUACAAGUUAAUGAUUUCGAUGCCAAUGAUGACUCAGAUGAGAGACGCAUCGGAAACAGCAGCUCAUCCAUCAAUGAACAACUGGUCAAUGGUUUUGAUAAUCCAGCGAUGAAUACCUGUGAAGAAAGUUUACUCAAUUAUGGGUCAAUUAAUGGUUCCGAGAGGACCACACCCAUUGGCAAACAACAUAUAGCUAUCAAUAGACCGGUCAUCGACUACGACGAUAUGAACCAGAAUUAUGGAAAACGGGAACCAAUUAAGCAAACGAUUGGACAGAGAGUGAAGCGAUCGGUCAUCAAUUGUUGUGGCAAUUGCUCGCCUUUUGGCAUAUUUUGUCGUUUUUUUCCAAUAGUUAAUUGGAUUAGAAGUUAUUCAAUAAGAGAGUAUCUAAUCAACGAUAUUAUCGCUGGUUUUACUAUUUUGAUACUACAUAUACCUCAAGGCAUGGCUUAUGGUAUACUCGCGGGUCUGACGGCUAUCAAUGGGUUGUAUGUAUCGUUCUUCCCGGUUCUCAUCUAUUCAUUAAUGGGUACUUCAAAACAUCUAUCUAUUGGUACUUUUGCUAUAAUAAGCAUAAUGUCUGCCAAUGCGGCCGAAAAACUGAAUGCCAUACCAACCGGUCAUAACAGUACCGGUAAUUCAGCAGAUAUUGAACAAUAUAAUGAUGUCGACUAUACAACACUGGAAGUGCUGACAAGUCUGGCAUUUCUUACCGGUAUUAUUCAAGCAGCAAUGGGUUUGGUUCGUUUGGGCGCCUUAUCGGUCAUCUUAUCUGACACUCUGGUGUCGGCCUUUUCGACCGGUUGUGCCAUAGAAGUGGCCACAUCUCAACUCAGCAAUCUUUUUGAUAUAAAAGUACCAAAAAAUAAAGUUUAUGUCAAAUGGUUACCCUUUAAAUUACCAAACAAAUGGGUAGCAAUUUGUGAGCAAUUAGUUCACACAAAUUUGGUAACUCUGGGACUGUCCAUCUUUGGUAUAUCUCUACUUGUUUUGGUUAAAGAGAUAAUUGAGCCCAAAAUUAAAAAACGAUUUAAAACAAACAUACCGUUCCCCAUUGAUAUUUUACUUGUAAUUGGUUUUACUUUGUUUUCUUGGCUCAUGGAUCUGCAUAAAACACAAAGUGUUGAUAUUAUGGGUGAUAUACCUAAAGGUCUGCCGGAGCCACGUAUACCUCGGUUGGAUAUAUUGUCAUCUCUGAUAAUUGACUCGUUAGUCAUAGCAAUCGUUGCGUUUGCCGUUUCCCUAUCAUUAGCCAAGAUAUUCGCCAAAAAACACAAAUAUAGGAUCGAUGCCAACCAGGAGCUCAUAGCACUGGGAUCUGCAAACAUAUUUGCAUCGCUAUUUGCAUGCUAUCCAUCAUCGGCCUCAUUGUCACGGAGUUCAGUACAGGAAAAAACUGGUGGACGCACUCAAGUGGCCGGACUUGUGUCGAGCGCCUGUAUGUUAAUAUUUCUGCUAUUUUUGGGACCACUUCUCUAUCAUUUGCCAAAAACAACCCUUUCGUGCAUUAUAUUGGUUGCACUGAAGUCAAUGUUUCUACAAUUUAAAGAUUUAAUCAAUUCAUGGAAAAUAUCUAAAUUAGAGGCCUUGGUUUGGUUGAUUACGUUCUUGAGUGUUGUAUUGCUUGGUGUGGACAUAGGCCUCAUUGUUGGCAUAGGUUUCUCAAUACUAACUGUUCUCUUCAGAUUUACAAUGCCAAAGUCCACAAUCAAUGGUCAGUUGGCCUUUAGUGAGAUAUAUGUGGACACCAAUGAGUUUAGUGAAGCAAAACAGAUAAAUGGGAUCAAAAUUUUUCAGUUUCAUUGUCCGUUAUUUUUUAUGAAUUCACAAAACUUUAAAUCAAAUUUGUUUAAGAAAACGCUGAAUGUUUCCACCGAUGAGAUGGAUCGGCUAAUAAAAGGAAAGUCAACGAUUCACACAAUUAUAUUAGACUUUUCCAGUGUUUUCUUCAUCGACAGCACUGGUGUCGAGACACUGAUCGACUGCAUUGAAGAGUUGGAUGAGUUGAACAUCCGAGUGAUUAUCUGUCAGUGCUCUCAGUUUGUCUCACAAAUGCUACAAAAAAUGAGUUUUUUUACCAAACUGUCCGAUCCUCACAUUUGUGCCACAGUUCACGAUUCAGUCAUUCAAAAUAGUCAAACACUACUCAUUCAAUGAUAUUCAACUACUUUU